UCGAUCACGAAUACCAUGCAAUACACCAACUGGUUGGUACGCGAGACGACUCCUGGAGUUGAUUCUUUCUCUGGCUAUGUUCAUCUGCUAUUUACACUCUUGACAGAAAUGCAAGAUGCUUCCGAUCCUUAUAACACCUCGACCUUCUUCUGGUACUUUGAGACAGUCCUAAUGUUCGACAGUNCUCGCAACGAUCCCAAAGCUGCCCCACUCACCAUCUGGCUUGCGGGUGGUCCAGGAAAUGCAUCUUCCUUCACUGCUAUGACUGAAAACGGUCCCUGCUAUGGUAACGAGUUCUCCAAUGGCACGAUCCUGAACCCAUAUUCUCUUAACGAGCAUUCGAAUGUCUUGUUCAUUGACCAGCCUGUCCAAGUCAGUUUCUCAUACUCGACAUUCUUGAACAGCACUUUCAACUUCAACAAUCUUGAUCCAUUUGCUUCUGCAAUCACCCCCAUCAACUCUUACAAUGGCAGUGUUCCAGCAGAGAAUUCGACCUUCAAGUAUGCCGAUCAAGAUCCUAAUCGCACUGCCAACACUACGGAANACGCGAUGAAGCCAUUGUGGCAUUUCCUCCAAGACUGGUUCGAGAGGGACAAAAGUUCACUUUUCGAUUUUCGUCUGAAAGACGCUAACUCUUAUCCUAGCUUUCCAGAAUACAAAACUCGAGACAAGCGAGUCAAUAUCUGGGGCAAUUCUUAUGGCGGCUUCUGGACCACCGGCUUGACAAGCUACAUCUUGGAUCAGAAUAAACGCAUCAGCAAUGGUACCUCACCAGGCAAAAUCAUCAAGGUCAACACCAAGGGUGUCACCAAUGGUUGCAACAACCUCACCAAGAGCGGCGGCUGCUAUGAUCAGAGCAACCAAUGUCGUGCGCUCGUCGCUGAACAUGAUCCAGAAGACAAUGGCACAAACGACACUGUCAACGCUGCCUGCACGGUGGCUACUGCAUAUUGCUUUGCCUAUGGAGGGAGUGGCGCGUAUACCGCAAUUUCUGGCCGCAGCGUCUUCGAUAUGGCACAACCUGCUCUAGCUCCAUAUCCACCAUUCUACGGAAUUGGGUAUCCAAACCGCGAUGAUGUGCACAAAGAGCUCGGUGUACCCGUCAUGUUUGCUCAAAAUUCUGCAGGUGUGCAGGCCAACUUUUUCGCUACCACGGGCGACACCGCGCGCUUUGAUGGUAUGCAGCGCUUGAAUCAGAUCUUGACUGCUGGCGUCAAAGUGUCUUUUGUGUUUGGCAAUCGUGAUACGAGGUGUAACUGGUUAAAUGGAGAAGCAGUUGCCAAUGCAGCCAUCUGGUCCGGUCAAAAGUCUNUUGCAUCUGCUGGCUGCGAAGAGACAAAUAUCAAUGCAACAUACAUCGGUGGUCUAACCAAACAACACCGAAACCUAAGUUUUACCAGGACUGUGCUGGAGAUUNUUGAACGCAGCAGUGUAUGGGAUCAUGAUGUUGCGACUGAAACCCGUUAUUUGGCUUUCAAUGGCGAGUAUCAGACCAAUGGCCCUACCAGUGCGUGGAGUCACUUUGAAAUCUUGCUAGAUGAACUCGCUCCGGUUUGCAACAUUUGGGCUGCGGCUGUUGCUUGCACGGAUGAGCAGUUGGCUGCGUUGGCGGAUGGGAGUGCUGUGACUGAGCAUGACAUUGUUGUGAGCCCGGCUGCUUGA